AUGACGACGUGCAGCGGCGACAGGACAUGGGCCUUGGCCUUGGACUCGACCUCAUCCGCUCGCCGGUCGCUUGCGGACAACGUGCACCACGCACCACCUGCCAUCAUCACUCGGCCGCAGAGAGCCCAUGACGACGCCCACGACCACCUCAGCACGCCGGCAGUUCUUCCUCUCCAUCCAUCCCAACUGUGCUGCGCCCUCCGUCUGUCACCGAGCGCAGCCCAAGUUCCAUGGGCUGCCGAGUCUGGUCUUGCCCCUCCACCUUCGGCCAUGGACUCGGAGCAUCUGAGCAGUAAUGGCAACCCCAAGCCACGAGUCAUACCCGCCGACCUCCCGACCUCGCUGGACGACCGAAGACAUGCCCCGACAGAAGACUACAUCCCCGAGACCGAGAUGUACGAUGGCUGGCAAGGUCAGUCACAGUUUCUGACAACGCCGGCACUGGCGAAACCGUUGAAUUUCGGAAACCUGUCGCUGAAUGACGACGGCGACUAUGAGCGACGUGUUUCCGACCCCGCCAAGGACAGCGACACGCGACUCAUGGAGAUGCUGCAAGCCCAAGCAGCAGCUCACCAGGCCGGCCACGGGCUCGAGGAUGAACAGACUAUUCUAAAUGAUGACAAGCUGUCCGAUUCUGCAAAAAAGGACAUGCUACAAAAGGCAAUAACCAUGGCAGCCAGCAAUGGCGACGUCGCCAAAGUCAAGAGACUGCUCGACGGAAAUGUCCACUCAAUGAUCGAUGUCAACGCCGCCGACGAGGAUGGCACACCUGCUUUGAUAUACGCGAGCUGUUUUGGUCACGAAAGUGUCGUCAAGGCCCUCAUCGACGCCGGCGCCGACGUCAACAGACAGGACCGGAAUCAGUGGAGCGCCCUCAUGUGGGCCAUGACGAACCGGCACAAGGGAAUUGCGAAAAUGCUCCUGGAUAAUGGUGCAUCGUCGGACCAGAAGACGUCAUCUGGCCGCACAGCCUUUGACUUUGUUCCCCCCGACAGCGACAUGUCUUUCUAUUUGCACGACAACGGCUACAACAUCGGGAACGCCGGAAUGGGAGACGACUUUUACAACCCGGGCUUCUCGCAGGACCGCUUUGAAGAGGAAAUGGCAGAAAAUGAAAUGCGCAGAAGGUUGAUGAUGGACAGUGCCAGAGACUUGGAGGUCGAUUUGGGCAACGUGGGAAUCGACGACCAGCCCGAGCCGGCCGACGAGUUUGAGGAGGAGCAGCAAGAGUUUGACUGGAGCCGCUGCUUGCAUGACCAAAUGUUUGUCUUUCAAGAACACGAGCUUGACCGGAUACUCGACAUCAUCAUCACCAAAAUGACUCCCCAGCGCUCGCCGUCGCAGAAGCCCGUGCCGGCCAACAUGAUAUUCCUCAGCGCAAGAUACGCGCAUUACCACGCCAGUCCGGAGCUGCUGGAGAAGCUGCUCGUUACCGCCAUGGACCUGAUCAAUGACGUGGUCGAGAGGUGUCAGUGGGACAUGACAAUACUGGCGUUCUGGAUCUCCAACGCGACCCUGUUAUUACAUUACCUGAAAAAGGACGCGGGCCUUGUGGAGGCGACGGCCGAAUUUCAAGCACACCUCGCCGAACUCAUCAAUGAAAUUUUCAUCCUCAUUGUCCGCGACGCCGAGAGACGCCUGGACAAGGUCUUGGAUGCCGCCAUGCUCGACCACGAAACGAUACCAGGUUUCGAGGACAUUACUUUCCAAAACGAAUGGAAACUUUUCAAGCGGAAACAGACAGUCAAGGAGGAGCCCCUGGAAAGGAGGUUCAGGCCGCCUUCACCCAAGCAGCGCGCAAAGCCGGCGCCGCGAAACGUCAACUCGCUCCUCUCCUCUACCCUCUUCGUGCUGGACCUGUACGACAUCCACUCGGUCAUCACCGCACAGAUCGUUUCGCAACUACUGUACUGGCUCGGCGCCGAGCUGUUCAACAGAAUAAUGUCCAACCGAAAGUACCUGGCGCGAACCAAGGCCAUGCAAAUUCGCAUGAAUGUGUCGAUUCUCGAAGACUGGGCGCGAACGAAUAACCGGCAGGCAGAGCAUUACGAAGGCGGCGACACGAGAGCCUCUGGGGAGACGGUCAUGGACGCGUCCCGGCGCUUUCUCGCUCCCGUCAUCCAGCUUCUUCAGUGGCUGCAGUGCUUCUCAUCCCUCGACGCAGACGACCUGGAGGCGCUCGUGGGCACACUCCAACAGUUGAAAAGGCUCACGCCACAGCAGCUCAUACAUGCAGCCACCCACUACCGGCCUGAAGUGGGCGAAAAGGGGCUCCCCAAGAGCGCAAUGAAGUAUCUCGUCGCGAUCCAAAAGGAAGCUGCACUCAAGCGAGACCGGCGGCGCAGCCGGGCGGCGUCACCGCUGCCCAAAACGGGACACGACGGCAGCAGCCCCACGACACCCGUCAAGGGCAGAUCAAAUGGCAGCAGUGUGCUCGACACCCCUGGGGCCGUGUUCAGUCCGGCCAAUUCUGAGGCCAACGGCGCGUCAGAUGACGAGGGCGACGCACCCGAGCACCUCCUCAUGGACCCCGCGCUGAUGCUGCCAUUCACACUGCCAUCCGUCACAGACAUGCUGGUCUCGUACGGCGCAGGCUUCGGAGGUGUCGACAGGGAACGGGAGCGGAAAUAUAUUCCCUCGGUUCCCGCCGAGUUUUUGGACAGGCUUGAAGUCAGCGGUGUAAGAAAGGAACCAAUGUUUGAGGACAAGGACUGGGAGAAUGAAGAGGUCUAG